AUGGUGUCAAUGCGUUCAUUGGCUGCUGCUCUCAUUACCAGCGCGCCAUUGGCGAACGCGCUGUUCAUCAAUGGCAGCAUAAUCGCACCCUGCGACUCUCCUAUCUACUGCUACGGCGACCUACUUCGCGAGAUCGAACUCGCGAGGCCGUUUGCGGAUUCGAAGACGUUUGUUGACUUGCCAACAACGCGCCCACUCGACGAAGUCCUGGCAGCAUUCGCCAAUCUCUCAAGGCCAAUCCAGAACAACACCGCGCUGAACGAUUUUCUCUCCGAAUACUUUGGCGAAGCCGGCUCAGAGCUCGAAGAGGUACCCACCGAUGAGCUGGAAACUCAGCCAGACUUCCUCGAGAACGUAAACAGCUCUGUCGUUCGAGACUUCACUCGUCAGGUCAUCGACAUCUGGCCGGACUUGACGCGCCGUUAUGUCGGGGCUGGGAAUUGCUCCGAAUGCGUCAACUCUUUCCUUCCUGUCAACCGUACCUUUGUAGUAGCUGGUGGUCGGUUUAGAGAACCAUACUACUGGGACUCAUUCUGGAUUAUCGAAGGUCUACUCCGUACCCAGGGAUCCUUUACUCAGAUUGCGGAGAACAUCAUCGAAAACUUCCUGGAUCUUGUCGAAGACAUUGGUUUCGUACCCAAUGGCGCCCGGCGAUACUACGAGAAUCGAUCACAGCCACCGCUACUUACCCAGAUGGUUCGGGUCUACGUCGAAUACACCCAGAACUAUACUCUUCUUGAACGAGCGCUACCUAUUCUGGAGAAAGAGUAUGACUUCUGGGUGAACAACCGUACUGUAACGCUCGAGCGCGCCGGUAUGAACUACUCUCUGAACCACUAUGCUGUGUCUAACACCCAGCCACGACCUGAGUCUUACUACGAGGAUUACGUGACUGCGAACAAUGCGACCUAUUUCAACGAAGAGGGCGAAGAGUUCAACGUAACAAAGUCGCUCAAUGAGACUGAAAUGGCGACACUAUACUCUAAUCUGGCCUCGGGCGCAGAGAGUGGAUGGGAUUAUUCGGCACGCUGGAUAGCCAACCCAUCUGACGCCGUCACGGAUACGUUCUUCCCUCUUCGCUCGCUCAACACUAUUGAGAUUAUUCCAGUGGAGCUCAACUCGAUUCUUUACUACAACGAGAUCACCAUUGCUGAGUUCCAUCGCCACCAGGGCAACUACACUGCUGCGCGCGAGUGGGCCAAUAAGGCAGCAGACCGUAGCGAGGCGAUGACUACAUUCCUUUGGUCACCUGAGCACUACAGCUAUUUCGACUAUAAUUUGACAUCGAGCAGUCAGAACGUAUACACCCUGGCCGAUAAUACGAGCACGCCCCUAUCACUUCAAGGUGCGCCGGCUGGAAAACAGAUAUGGUUCCACAUCUCUCAGUUCUAUCCUUUCUGGACAGGCGCUGCUCCUGAAAGUAUCAAGAACGACCCCAAGGCAAUGAGGCGCGUAUACGGACGCGUUGAAGAGCUUCUCGAGUCUCGAGACGGCGCGAUUGCGGCGACGAACCUUCAGACUGGUCAGCAGUGGGAUGAACCAAACGUUUGGCCACCGCUACAAUACAUCCUCAUGCAAGGCUUGCUCAACACCCCUCUCGAGGUCAGCGAGGAAGAUGACGAGCAAUCAACAGAAGAUUACGUUUGGACGCAAGACCUAUCACUUCGCCUCGCACAGCGCUAUCUUGACUCGUUGUACUGCACAUGGCGUGUCACUGGUGGCGCGACUGACGAAGUGCCGCAACUUCCCGACUCUCAAGGCAAUGGAACGAUCUUCGAGAAGUAUGCCGACGAGAGCACCAAUGCUGCCGGUGGAGGUGGAGAGUAUGAGGUCGUGGAAGGUUUCGGGUGGUCGAACGGUGUUCUCAUCUGGGCCGCGGAUCAGUUUGGCCAAAGCUUAACAACACCCGAGUGCGGAAAUAUUACUGCUGCUAAUAUUGGUGGCGGUGAUGCGAAGAGGAAGAGGAGUGCAGUGGAACUGAGCAAGAGGGAUGCCAAGUGGAUCAAGAAGACUAGAGGAACAAGGAAGUUGAGGUAUUGA